AUGGAUCUCACGGCGGUUUUGGCGCUUUUCACCUUCCUCUUCGCCCUCGCGAGCGCCGGUGACCCUCAUGACGCGGAUGACUUCUGUGUUGCAGCAUGCAAGAAGAUGAACGGGGGCUGGAUGGCUUCAAGUCCUACCUGCGCCGGGGUGACUGCUGACUACUGUGAGACCUACUGCGAUUGCUCUUGGGACGGCAUCAUGACUUGCAGCAACCAAGGUGUCAAAUGUUCAGAGGAUGCCGUCACCAAUACCUGCAAACAAGGAUUGUCGGCACAGUGGGAAUGCUGGUGCCAAGACCUAUCUAUGUACGCCCAAGGAUGGGGUACAGGCAAAGGCGAGACCUGUGGUAGUAGUUAG